AUGAGAACUCGCAACGGUCGUUCAAAUCAAGUCGAGCAAGUAUCACCGGCGACUGCCGAGAUAAAUACUCGUACUUCGAGCGGCGAAGCGUCGACGCAAGCCACGACGGCUAUUCCAGUGUCACCGACAGCGAUUGUGCCUCCUUACUUGACGGACGUCUCGCACCCUGCUCUCGUGAAGUGGAAACGUGAGAGGCAGGAGUAUGAAGACGCUAUCGAAGCACGCUGUGCUGUCACUGGUGAAGAUAAAUCGAAAGCGCUUCGAAGCGUAAAAAACUCAUUUAACAGGCAACUUCUCAACACGUUGUGCAAAUUUGAAUGGGGUACGACGGUGGAGGAGGUUACUGAGGAGCAAAUUGUUGAAGAGUUGAACAAGAUCGUGGGAAACGUCAUGAAUGACGCAAUCCUCGACGUCGAUUCGAUUUUCAACGCUGAGUUGAAGAUGAACUUGAAGGAACGAGAUGUCAAAGCACGCGUGAUUAACUAUUUCAUGCGGUGCGAUGAAAUCAUCAUGCAACACCGAAUGGCAGGUAUUUUUUCUACUGCAACGGGGAUCAAGGAAAAAUGCAAGAUCCUCAAGAUGCAUUUAGAGCCUGCGGCGUUGCGCGAAUCCGUUGACUCCCACAUUCGCCUCGUAGAUGCAAGUAGCAAAUCAAACGAGAAUGAUUUGUACUUGUUGAUGAAGGAGAAAGCGUUAGAGCAAGAGAAAGUGUAUCAGCUCUUAAACAAACGGAAACAACAACCGAACACAUCGCGAAGUGGAGGAAAGGCCCGGUAUAACAAUGGUCAAGGAUCACGCCAACACAACAAACUGGCGAAUAAUCGGUCUAACUCAAAUAGAGAAGUCCAUAAGUCUACCGACCCUCCUCACCCUGCACCUGUACGGUCGACAGUGUCUACUGUACCAGCAAAAACUAUGCCGCGGACAGGAUGUUUCUACUGUGGCAAAGAUCAUUGGCUCAGCCAGUGUCCGGAUCUUGACGAAGCCGGAAAGGAAGCCAUUUUGGCCGAUCGAAAAAGUAAAAAAGCAGCCAGUAUCGACAAAAACAAGCGAUUUCGGGCAAAACGUGUAGAGAUAUCGUCUACAACGAGUAAUGAGGACAGCCCGACAGUAUUAAUUAACGGAAACCUCGAGCUGCCUUAUUGUGCCGACAGCGGCUCUGACAUGAACAUCAUUUCGCGCAAGCACGUCGAUCUGCUUUGUGAGCAGGAUGCGACCAUGGUGGUUGCCGAACUGGAUGCACCAAUCAUUUCUAGAGCAGUUGGUGGUGGUAUGGUCACCUCGACGCACGCUGUUGACGGACCUUGGACAUUGUCGCGGAGGGGUAAUUCUGGGAAGGCUUGUGGUACGGCGCAUGGCGGUAUGUGCGAUGGUUGGACUGCUGCUCCGAUCACGGUGUCGCUUAGUGCCGAGCUGUUAGGAGGACUGAGAACGAAAGAACUCAUUAUGCAGCACAACAAAUGGGGUCCAGGUCCAGGGAUUGCUCUGCGUUUGCUGAGGAAUAUUUGA